GAUUCCUGUAUUUUCAAAAUUUCUUGGCCUACUUUGUUUUCAUUUGCUAUUUGGGGAGUUUGGUUAUAGAGUAAUGACAAGUUGUAGGGAUUCUAAUUUUCAAGAUUCUAAUUUUCAAGAUUCUAAAUGGUUUCCUUUUAUUAUUGAUAAAACUAUUGAAUUUUGGUUGGUUUUUCCUAUUCAGUCUAAGGCAUCUAAUAGGCAACAUGUCCUGUUUUGUUGGGAUAAAUCACUUCCAAAUUUUGCUAAUUUUGUUCACAUUGAUGGUGCUGCUUUAGGCAUACCCUGACUUGCUGUUGCAGGAGGGAUCUUUAGGAAUCGUAAUGGCAAUUGGAUUAUGGGGUGUUCCAGGCAUAUAGGCAUUAUUAAUAGCUUAAGUGUUGUGCAUUAUGCUAUACAAGAUGGCAUCUAACUGGUUGUUGCUUGGGUGUCAUUAAGUGCCUCUUUUUUUGUACCAUUCAAUUAUUAUUUGCCAAUGUUUCUAAUUCCAAUUCAUUAAGUACUUUGAUCUUGAGUAACAUAAAAUUUGUGAGCCAUUUGGCUCAAACUCAACUGCAACACAUUGUUAAAGAGAAUAAUAUGUGUGCUGAUCAACUUGUCAAGAUGAGACGUCUCUUUUCUUCCACUUUUGUUAUGGGUUAUUUUUUUAGACUUACAUUUCGUCUGCUGAUGUACUUGGGGUAAGGUUCACCCUCUCAAAUCCCAUAAUGUACUCUCAUUUUUUUAAUAUAAUUUUUUAUUUUGA